GUCACCUCCGAGUGUGGGAGCCUCAUUUGCUGGGGGAGAGCCGAGUCUCUGAACGCGGCGCUCGCUUAGGUAGCGGGGCUGAGGCGAUGCAGACCGGGCUGCGGUACGGGUGUGUAAGGGAUAACUUUGGACUGGAGCACGUAGGGGUGUGAAGGGAAGAAUCGCCUUUUCCCCCAAUGAAAGUGCCAGCGGCUUCGUUUUUAAAAAUGUUCUGCGCUACCAUGGAUGUUCAGUAAAUUUGUACGUGUUGAUUUAGUGGUAUCCAGGCACAGGACCCAACGAUGGCUACUCGUUUCUCAAGCCUUUUAGGAAACGGUCGGAUCGUGACUGGACUGCUGGUCAACCUGCUGUCGUCCAUCUGCAUCGUAUUCAUCAACAAAUGGAUUUAUGUGCAUUAUGGUUUCCCAAACAUGACUCUAACGUUAAUUCAUUUCGUUGUGACAUGGCUAGGGCUUUACGUGUGCCAGAAAAUGGACAUAUUCGCUCCAAAAAGUCUCCAGCCCACCAAAAUCCUCUUGCUGGCAUUAAGUUUUUGUGGAUUCGUCGUUUUCACUAAUCUUUCCCUUCAGAACAACACCAUAGGCACUUACCAGCUUGCCAAAGCCAUGACGACACCCGUUAUAAUCGUCAUUCAAACGGUGUAUUACAAGAAAACAUUUUCCACUAAGAUAAAGUUGACUUUGAUCCCCAUCACUCUAGGCGUGAUCCUGAACUCCUAUUACGAUGUGAGGUUCAACGUCCCGGGAAUGGCCUUCGCUACGCUGGGAGUCCUGGUUACCUCCCUGUAUCAAGUGUGGGUGGGCGCCAAGCAGCAGGAGCUGCAGGUGAACUCCAUGCAGCUGCUCUAUUACCAGGCUCCCAUGUCGUCGCUCUUCCUGCUCACCCUGGUGCCCUUCUUCGAACCCCUGACCGGGACGGGGGGUAUAUACGGCCCGUGGUCCUUCACUGCACUGGGAAUGGUGCUGCUGUCUGGAAUCAUUGCCUUUCUGGUGAAUUUGUCCAUUUACUGGAUCAUUGGGAACACCUCACCUGUUACCUACAACAUGUUCGGCCACUUUAAGUUUUGCAUUACCUUGCUGGGAGGCUACGUUUUGUUUCAGGAUCCCUUGUCCCUAAAUCAGGGCUUUGGGAUCAUGUGCACCCUGCUGGGGAUCCUGUCCUACACACACUUUAAAAUCACGGAGCAGGAAGAGAGCAAGAGCAAGCUGGUCCAGCGACCCUGACCUUUCUGCAUGCCCAGCAGUCGGGGGUAUAAAUGCUGCAAGCGAAGCUGCCUAGACUGACCAACUCCUGGAACCGAAAUGCGAAACUGUGACACAGUCUGAAACGAUAGAUUCAUAUGCUGAUCUGAAACUGAGCAGCAGUCCAAUGAUGAUAAAGGAAAUGAGCACAAUUCUUUAUUUUUACAGCCCAAAGGAAGCUGUGGAAGGGAUGUAAUUUGUGGUAGAAUUUCUAAUGAUCAAAGAAUAUUCUUCACUGAAAAUCUGUUGUUUGCAGACAUGGUACAAGUACAAAGAGGCAUCUGAACAGAAUAAUUACAAUAGAUAAAAGCAAGAUGUACAUUUGUUUUUAUUAUUUAAUGUUUGCAAGCCUUUUUCAUAUGGUGUAUUCUACAAUAAAAGGUUUUUCAAUAUA